AUGAAUCCUGAAAUUCAAGUAGAUGGCAACAAAGAUAAGAACUUGAAGUCCUGCAAAAGAACUCUUUCUAUUAGAUUAGCACAGGUUUGUUCAAAGAAAUAUCACACAAUGGGAAUAAGCAAGCCUCAUCAUCUUCUUCAAUUCAAUCUCCUUGCAUCGCAAGAGGAAAGGGAAGGGGAAGAAGAAGUUACGCGAAAAAGGAAGAAUGAAGAUUUCGCCGAAGUCCGAAGUCGCGGAAAAAGGAUGAAGAAAGUCGAAGUCGCCAAAGAGGGAAACGUCGAAAUCGAAAAUGAAGAUAAUGAAGAAGAAACUGAAAAGAACUUCCCUUUGAGCACAAACAGAGAAAGAGAGAUGGAAGGAGCUGAAGAACAUGACAUUGUGAUCGUUGGCGGCGGGAUUUCUGGCCUUGCCACCGCCCUAGCCCUGCACCGAAACAGGAAAGGUAUAAAAAGUGUGGUUCUUGAAAGAGCAGAUAGUUUAAGAAUUGAAGGUGGAGCUAUUGGAAUCUUAGCCAAUGGUUGGAGAGCUCUUGAUCAACUUGGCCUUUCUGUCUCCAACCACCUUCGACAAAAAGCAGCUCUUAAUCAAAGGUCUUUUGUGAUAUCCCUAGACAAUGGUACCCAAAAAGAAGUCCCACUCGGGGUUGGUGAAGGUCGAUGCGUGAAGCGUGGUGAUCUGAUCAAUGCACUUGCGGAUGCUUUGCCGUUUGGAACUAUACACUUUGGUUGUAGUGUUAUCUCUGUUGAAUUGGAUUCCUCCGUUAAUUCUUUCCCUAUUCUUCAUCUUCUUGGCGGAAAAACCAUCAUAGCCAAGAUAGUAAUAGGUUGCGAUGGAGGUCGUUCAGAGAUUGGAAAGUUUGUGGGUUUGAAGCCUACUAGACAAUUUUCACAUUCUGCUGUAAGAGGUUUGACAAGUUAUCCGAAAGGUCAUACCUUUAAGCAUGAAUUCAUAAGAUGGAAGAAAAAUGAUUCUUCCGUUCUUACUGGAAGAAUACCAAUUGAUGAAAAAUAUGUUUAUUGGUUUGUAGCUUUCAAAUCAUCCUCUUCUCAAGCUGAAGAAACAUGGAAAGACGAUCAAGAACUUGUAAGAGAGAAAACUACUGAAUUAUUAUCGGUUAACAAAUUCCCUAAAGAGGUGAUAGAAAUGAUCAAUAAGAGUGAAGUUGAGUCCAUUUCAUUCACUCAUCGCCUCAAAUACAGGGCGCCGUGGGAUUUGGUUUUCGGAAGCUUUCGAAAAGGAACCAUUACCGUUGCGGGUGAUGCUUUGCAUGUGAUGGGUCCUUUUCUUGGACAAGGAGGAUCAGCCGGUUUGGAAGAUGCAAUCGUAUUGGCUAGGCGAUUGAGUAAGGCAGGUUUAGGAGGUGAAAUGGAUGAUGAGAUGAUGAAGAAGAGAGUAGGAGAAGCGAUGGAUGAUUAUAUUAAAGAAAGAAGGAUACGGUUGGUGGGAUUGUCUACUCAGACCUAUCUUACCGGUAUGUUGAUUCAAGGUCCACAAUUAUUUGUUAAGAUAUUCAUCAUACUUGUUAUGAAUGUCCUUUUCCGCGAUGCAAGGGGUCACUCUAAAUAUGAUUGUGGUCAAUUGUAAGCUUUUAUUUUCAAUUUAUCUUGUUUAUUAAAGAAAACUAUCAUAAUUAAGCUUGUAUAAUCAUAUAAUAACCUAAUUGAUUUGCUUCCUU